CUCCUCCUCCUCCUCCUCCUCCGUGAGCGAAGAGAGGCGAGCAGGGAUGGCGGUGCCCAGCGGGAGCUCGGCCUUGACGGUGACAGUCACCUACGGUAAUGAAAAGCAUAGCCUUCAGGUUGCUUCUCAAGAAGAAGAUAGCCAACCAACAGUACGUGAUAUGGCUCUCUUAAUUGAACAAGUAACUGGAGUUCCAAUUUCUUUUCAGAAACUGAUACAUAAAGGGAAGUCCUUGAAAGAAAUGAACCAGCCGUUGUCAACGUUUGGAGUGAAAAAUGGUUGCAGAGUCAUGCUGAUUGGGAAAAGGAACAGUCCUGAGGAAGAUGCUGAAUUAAAGAAAUUAAAAGAUUUGGAGAAAUCAGUGGAGCAAGUAGCUAAAAAAAUAGAGGAGGUUAAUAAAGAGCUUGGAGGUAUUCAAAAAGGUUUUCUAGCAAAGAAUCUUCAAACUGAAGCUCUUAACCAGUUGGACAAGCGGAUAAAGGGAACUGCUGAGCAGUUUAUGAAAAUUCUGGAACAGAUUGAUGCUAUUAUUCUUCCAGAGAACUUCAAUGACUGUAAACAGAAAAAGAAAGGGCUAGUGAAAAAGGUUCAGGCUUUCCUUGCACAAUGUGAUACAGUGGAAGGAAGUAUUGGUCAAGAAAUGGAUAAACUACAGUCGAAGAAUAUGGCAGAAUGAGGCUUUUUUAAAAUGUAACUAGGAGAAAUAAUUGCUCUGUGAGCAAGAGGAAGAGUUUGCUCUAGAUUUUGGAGCACCCGUUUAGUGUUCAUAACUUUAUUGAAGCAGAGUUCAGUAUAAGGCUGUUGCAUGUCAGCCAUUGCUCACAUUGUCAUGUGUUCCGCUGCUCAGACUUAAAGCUCUUCUUUCAAAACAAAAAUAAAAAAACCACCACCCCACAGUUUUUUCUUGAA